AUGGUAGUACGAGAAAUCUCAACCGUUUUCAUUCUUUUCGCAGUUUUUAGUGUAUUAUCUGCAGAUAGUUCUUGUAAAGGAACAUGUACACAUGAUGGAUACCCUCUUCCAUGUGGAGUCUGGCUGAAAAAUGAAACAAAAUCAGCUUCAUUGGGUACUUAUGCGUUGAACAGCGGAGUGGCCAAGCUACAUUGUUCAUUCUCGUCCCUACCAGAACCAGUUCAAAUUCAAUGGAUGUUUCGUCCAUCUGAUAGUGCAACUGCUCAAUGGAGAGAAUUCCCUUGUGCCAAAAAAGAAGAACAUAAGAAUUGCCAAAAAGAAGAAAUCAUCGUUGAAUCGCAUUGUGAAGUUCGAAUGAAUUCUCUUAAAAUGAGUGGAACGUAUAAAUGUGCAGCAACAAUUCCAAAUCAACACGAACAAAGAUAUCGGGCAUUCAGUUCUGAAUUUGCAAUCAACGUCGUUGGUAUUGAACCUCUUCGAGUCAUUUCAAGCAGAUUACCACUAAAUAAGAAUGGAGAAAUUAAUCUAGAAGUGUGUGCGAACCCUCGUCCAGAAGUUUUUUGGCACACUGUUGAUGGGAUAAUCUCACCGGAAAAGUCAUCAAAGAGAUUCGCAGUUACAUCUCUCACACCAAGAACCUCUCUAAAAGUACAAAGUGAACCAUUAUCUCCAGUUCCAUAUUGCUAUCGAACUAGUCUCCUGAUCCAUAAAGUUCAAGAAAACGAUGAAUUCCACAUGUCGAUACGUGGAGAACUGAACAUUGUUCAUGAAAAAAUAACUGUCAAAGUGAAGAGCUCCAACAUCAUUUCCGGACACUAUCUCCUAAUUCUUAUUUCUUCAUUGUUCUUCAUCUUCUAG